CAGUGAAGCAGGCAGGCUGCCGACUAAAGCCAGUGAGUCCAGGCUUGGGGGUCAGGAACCGGUCUGACCACAGAAUGGAGAGCCUGUGUGUGCAUUAGCUUUCAGGAAUUUAUGCUGUGGAGGAUGUACAAGGGAAACACACAGAGGCUUCCACGGAUACAGCCAGGGAAUGUCAAGACAUGUUUCAGGCCAUAGUGAGUGCAGCUAAAGAUGUCCGAUAGUGUCGAUAUUGAAGAGAAGCCACCUGCCCCCCCCUUGAGAAUGAACAGUAGUUCCCGCGACCCUUCCUCAGUGCACAGUUCCAAACCGCUUCCAAUGGCUCCAGAAGAGAAGAAUAAGAAAGCCCGUCUCAGGUCCAUUUUUCCCGGAGGAGACAAGACCAAUAAGAAGAAGGAGAAAGAGCGUCCUGAGAUUUCCCUGCCCUCUGAUUUUGAGCACACCAUCCAUGUAGGCUUUGACGCAGUAACGGGAGAGUUCACCGGUAUUCCAGAGCAAUGGGCCCGGCUAUUGCAAACAUCUAAUAUUACUAAGCUGGAACAGAAGAAGAACCCUCAGGCUGUUAUAGAUGUUCUCAAGUUCUAUGACUCCAAAGAGACCGUCAAUAACCAGAAAUACAUGAGUUUUACAUCAGGAGAUAAAUCCGCUCAUGGUUACAUUGCAGCCAAUACUCUGAACCGCCUCCUGUCUUCUGGGCCACCUGUCAGCCUUAGAACCUGCAGCGCGUUAUUUGACAAGCAAGGUGCUAAGACAGCGUCUGAACCUCCGAUUGCGCCUCCGGUGUCUGAUGAAGAAGAGGAGGAAGAGGAGGAGGAAGAUGAAGAAGAUGAUGAGGAUGAUGAGGAUGAGGUCCCGCCCAUCAUCGCUCCACGACCAGAGCACACCAAAUCUAUCUACACACGCUCUGUCAUUGAGCCGGCUGCAACUCUUGCUCCUGUCAAAGAGGUCACAACCCCUCCAGAGUCCCAGGUCCAACCGGAGAACACGUCCAGUACGCUGUACCGUCACACUGACCGGCAGAGGAAGAAAUCCAAGAUGACUGAUGAGGAAAUACUGGAAAAACUCAGAAGCAUUGUUAGUGUUGGCGAUCCCAAGAAGAAAUACACACGUUUUGAGAAAAUAGGGCAAGGGGCAUCUGGGACAGUAUACACCGCUAUUGACAUUGCCACUGGACAAGAGGUGGCAAUCAAACAGAUGAACCUGCAGCAGCAGCCAAAGAAAGAGCUCAUUAUUAAUGAGAUUCUAGUGAUGAGGGAAAACAAAAACCCAAAUAUAGUCAACUACCUGGACAGUUAUCUGGUAGGAGAUGAGUUGUGGGUGGUGAUGGAAUAUUUGGCAGGUGGUUCACUUACUGAUGUGGUAACAGAGACCUGCAUGGAUGAAGGACAGAUCGCUGCUGUAUGCCGAGAGUGUCUACAGGCUCUGGACUUCCUGCAUUUAAAUCAGGUUAUACACAGAGAUAUCAAGAGUGACAAUAUCCUGCUGGGCUUGGACGGAUCGGUGAAACUCACGGAUUUUGGCUUCUGUGCUCAGAUCACACCCGAGCAGAACAAGCGUAGCACCAUGGUGGGCACACCCUACUGGAUGGCCCCAGAGGUCGUAACCCGGAAGGCCUAUGGCCCCAAAGUGGACAUCUGGUCCUUGGGCAUCAUGGCCAUCGAGAUGGUGGAGGGAGAACCACCAUACCUGAAUGAGAACCCACUCAGGGCCCUGUAUUUAAUCGCAACCAAUGGCACUCCAGAACUACAAAAUCCUGAGCGGCUGUCCUCAGUAUUCCGAGACUUCCUGAACCGUUGUCUGGAGAUGGAUGUGGACCGGAGAGGCUCGGCUAAAGAAUUGCUACAGCACUCAUUCCUGAAGCUUGCCAAGCCUCUUUCCAGCUUGACUCCACUGAUUGUAGCCGCCAAGGAAGCUAUCAAGAAUAGCAGCCGCUAGGAUAUUCCCCAUACCCAACACUCACAAACAUACACAUUCACACAGUUACAUGCAUACACUAUGCUCGUAGCGACAGAGGUACAGUGUGUAGAUGUGUGAUGGCACAAUGACACAAUAUCUGAAUCUGGACAUAAAAACCUUACAUAAGCACACGCAGACACAUUCACUUCCUCUUAUAUGGCUGACUGACAGCUCUUCAAUGCCUUUUGGAUGGGAUCGGCCCUGCUGCCUGGCCCUCAAACACCUCUUGUUAUGUAUGGAACUGUUGCACCAGUCCAUCAGUGUGUGUCCACCUCCAGACCUCUGGAAAGGAGACCAACAAACUGAAAGACGAGAAACAACUCCUUUGUUCCUUCUCUGUGGAAUGAAAGAUGAUGUGGAUUACAGUAGACCUCUACACUCAUCCUGUUUAUUCUGUUAUUUAAUCUAUUCUGAACUGUGGUCUUGAAUUACUAGCGACCUGCUUUGGGUUUUACAGGGAUGUCCUGUGAUAAAGGCCUGACGAUGUGUACCUCCAAAUCUCGGGAUCUCCUCAAAACAUCUGCAUGACUGUCUACAACAGCUAUUCACUGCAAUCACUUCCUUUCUACACUGUAUGAGCGUUCAAACCAGACUGCAUAUGUGUGUAUGUAUGAGAGAGACAUGGAGAGCGAGAGAAAUAUAAGUACAAGGGGGAAUCCCACAAAAACAGGUGAAAUUUCACCACGAAAUCAAAAGACAGAAAUAAAAACUGAUAUUUUGCAUAAAAAGCUAUCAUUGUGACAUUAUUCUUAUGGCACAUUUUACCCCCCCCCCCCCCCC